UGACGCGUGAAGUUUGACGUUUAUCUCCCUUGGCAAUUGGAGAAAUAAGCGUCACGUGACAUUUUCAAGAUGGCAGCGACCAGGCGGCUUCAGAAGGAACUUGGAGAUUUGAGGAAAAGUGACGUUAAAUAUUUCAGAAAUAUACAGGUGGAUGAAUCAAACAUACUGCUAUGGCAAGGACUCAUAGUCCCAGAUCAACCUCCAUAUAACAAAGGAGCUUUUAAGAUUGAAAUAACAUUUCCAGCAGAGUAUCCAUUUAAACCACCAAAAGUAAAUUUUAAGACGAAGAUUUAUCAUCCAAAUAUUGAUGAAAAAGGACAAGUUUGUUUACCAAUUAUUAGUCCUGAGAACUGGAAGCCAGCUACUAAAACAGAUCAGGUUAUACAAUCAUUAAUAGACUUAGUUCAUUGUCCUGAACCAGAGCAUCCUCUCAGGGCAGAUGUUGCCGAGGAGUUUUCAAAAAACAAUGCCAAAUUUAUGAAAAAUGCCGAGGACUUCACAAAGAAAAAUGCAGAGAAACGCCCAGCUGAUUAAUUAGGAUAUAUCUUUAAUCCUUCAUCUAAAGAAGACAUGUGUUGUUCAUGGCUAAGAGAUAAAGGAAAAAUCCUGCAAGAACUAAAAGUUUUUUUUCUCGAGUUCCUUUAAAAGGACUGAAUGACUCAUGUAUUACAAAGAAAGAAAUUGUUUCUUUUAAGAUAAAAACAAAUAAUAGUUAUAUGUUCUUUGUGUUUGCUUUACCUUAAUUCUCUGAGUUGCAAAGUGCUUUUGUGAAAUUUUUUUUUUUUUUUUGCAAAAUUUGCAGAUAAUACGUUUAGGAACUUUUCAGUUACUACUUGUGGCCUGUAAAAAUUCAUGUCUAGCAGCUAACAAAUUUCUAAAUUAUAGAGUUUUGAGUUUUAUAAAUUUUGAAGAAAAACAAGGAAAAUUUGGAGGGGGGGGGGGGUUUCGGAUAGUGUGCAUUUCUGAUUAUUAUGAAUUCCUUAUAAUUCUAAUUUUUUCAUUUACCAAGUAGUACUUUUAUACAAAUAUAUAAAAUAUUAAUUGCACGUUUAAUGUGCACAUAUUUCAUGUUUGGAGUGACAACUUCAGUUGUUUACCUCCAUAAUGUUGUAUCACUAUGUGAACAACUGUGUCCUUAUGGCAUUUAUACUAACAUCAACUAUUGUGAACAACUUAUUUCCCUGAGUAAGUAGACUAAUGGCACUGAUGUAUUAUUAUUUUGUAAACGUAAAGAAUGCUUUAUUCUUGUACAUGUGCAAUGUAAUGGUAUUGUACCCACUUGAAUUAUCAAUUGCUUCACUUAUAAAGACGUAUACAUAACAGUUGUCAAGACUUUUUAACUCGGAUCUUAAUUCAGAACAGACUCAGUACAUAUGUACUCUCUACAAACUUGGAACUCGUAUCUGUGUGUGCACUGUGUCUUCUGAUCAUGGUAUUGUUGUAGCCACAUGGUCAUAUGCAAUGUUCUCAAUAAAAAAUUAUGAACAAAA